AUGGCCGAACUUGUGGCUGGUUGCCUGUCGUUUCUGCCUUCGAUCACCAUCCCAGCCAACCAGCCAGAAGCACUAGCCACAGCAUGCACGAUGAAGCUUCCAUUGAAGCCCUUGGAUUUUGUCCCCGACCUCAAACGCCGGCAGGGACCUCAUUUCCCCGACAAGAAACAUGUGCAACGUCUCAUUGAAUGCCGGUGCCGUGUUAUUAGCGCCUUGGAGACCUCCGAGAACCAUGUGGUGGAGACUACGAGAUUAUCCCUCAAGAUCGUCGUGGCUUAUACCAUGCAUGCUGGGCAGUAUGUGACCAGUAUUCUUCCGGGGUCCAAGAGUAAUCUUCCCAAGUCGACACACGAGCUUCUCCUAAAGGAAGGUGUCCAGCGUCUUUGCAUGUUCUCGAAGGAUGAAAGAAGACUGCCUGAGGGGCUCUCGAACGGGGACGAUACCAUGAAGGGCUUAGACAGCCUCUCGACUUGCCACGCACCGGGUUUCUGGGACGCUGGAAGUGGGUGUAACGGCCCGUAG